AUGUUGCAGAAAGGUACAGAAUCUAGUGCAUUUCAAUUAUACAAUGAAAUAGCGAUGUGGCGUGAACACUGGACCCAGCAGAAACAGAAACCUCCGUCUAAAGCAAUCGAUGCUCUCUGCGACUCUUCAGCUCGAUUUUACCCAAAUAUUAGGAAAUUGUUACACUUACUCUGCAUCUUUCCAGUUACUUCAUGUACAGGAGAAAGAAGUUUUUCAUCUUUGAAAUUGAUUAAAACCUACCUACGAUCAACUAUGCGAGAAAACAGGCUUAACGGUCUUGCCCUGAUGAAUAUUCACAAGAACGUUAUUGACAUCGAUCCUUCCGAGGUAAUAGACAUGUUUGCUCAAAAGUACCCAAAAGUACCUCUACAUUGA